AUGGAAAUAAUUGUGCCUUGUCUUGUUACCGUAGAGCUCACCGAGCUCACCGAGCUCAACGAAAGUGGGUCUUCCCCAGUCACUCUCCUGUCGCCAGCUGCAUCGUCUGCGUUGAUCGGACCUUGGAUUAUGGUGCUCUCAGCCGCUGAUGCUGGCAGGGACUCGCCGACCACCACAAUAUCCGACGACGAUGAUCGCACAUUCGAUCCACGAGCUCCUCGAUCUAGCUACAGCUUAUACCCUCUUGAAUAUCUGCUAUACUGCGAAGACUGCCAGCAAAUUCGCUGCCCACGCUGUGUGACAGAGGAAACGGUCACCUAUUUCUGCCCGAAUUGCCUUUUCGAAGUUCCUAGUAGCAACCUUCGAAGCGAGGGCACCAGAUGUACACGAAGCUGUUAUCAAUGUCCGAAUUGCAUUGGCCCUGUACAGGUUGUUGCUGUACCGAAUGCCAGCGAGACAAAGCUCCUAGGGCCUGACGGCGCAUCCACCACAAGCACCGGUCCGUUUGCCCUCAUCUGUCAAUAUUGCAACUGGUCCUCCCGCGAGAUCGGAAUCGAAUUCGACCGACAUAGUGGCAUACACUCUCAAUUGUCCCGAGUCAAUAAUGGCGGCGAGCCAAAAAUUACAGCCAAGGAAGUUAAGGAGCGUCGCAAAGAGACACACGACGAUACCCCGCUCCCUGACGACCUAGUUGACGCCGAUUUGCAGUUUGCGAAUCUCAAGUCAUUCUAUCAAUCUCAAUUGGCAGAUGUCAGCUCUGCGAUGGGAGGGCUAUCGACGCAUGAUGGCGGCUUUUCUUCUCCUGCCGCCCUGUCACGGAUCAUGUCGUUGUAUACCGGCCGUGGAGGGCAAAAGUCCCAGCAGGGUGUGCCGUACGUCAUGCGUGAAGCCUUAAACACUGAUGAGGGCCUCAAGCUGGCUCAGCUCAACGACUCUUCCUCUAUCAAGAAGCUAACUACAGGUGGAUGGGAGUGUACCGUCGGAGCUGAGCAAAAGGAGAACCAGCUGGAAGGCAUUCAGUUCCAAGACGAACUCCGGCCAAUCCCCUAUCUGCUUCGCACCAAGCGUUCAAAGCGGUGCCCUGCCUGUAGGCAUAUUCUUUCAAAGCCGGAAAACAAAGUCACGUCGACGAGGUACAAAAUCCGACUUGUCGCAAGAUCAUAUAUCCCGACGACCACAAUUCGGCCUCUGCAGCCAACGUCCAAUCCCAUCCCGGUCACUUAUCGCCCUGGAAUAUCAGAGGAGGGCCUGUUGAAACCCUCGCGACCCUAUCAAUACAUCCUCACCUUCAAAAACCCGUUAUUCGAGAACAUCAAGGUGUCACUGGCAACCCCAAAUGUCACACCAGGCAGAUUUGCAAGCAUUGUCACUGUACUCUGCCCGCAAUUCGAGAUUGAUGCCAACACUGACAUGUGGGAUGAUGCGCUAAAGGACGAUGGCAGGGACCGUACCGAUGGUUCCAAUCAGGUCGAGGUGGGCAAGAUUUGGGAAAGAGGCCGUAACUGGGUAAGCAUUAUACUCGAAGUCGUUCCGGCCUCUCUAGUCAGCGAUCCCAGCAAACUGCCGCUCAAGGAGGGGGAAGACAUUCUCGAAAUCCCCAUGUUUGUGAGGAUGGAGUGGGAAUCUGAUGUGCAAAAUGAUAUGGGCACCUCGCUGGGCAAGGAACGAGACGCACGGGAGAAACGGGAACUGGCCUACUGGUGUGUUCUUGGGGUGGGAAAAAUUGCACGGCAGUAA